AUGGCUGAUAAAAUUGUUCUUGGUUAUUGGGCUGGUCCUGGUAAGGCUCAACCUUCCAGAUAUUUACUUGAAAUCUCAGGAGUUAAAUACGAAGAAGUCAGAUACACUAAUCCUGCUGAUUGGUUUGGAAAAGACAAGUAUGCCUUAGGAUUAUCUUUCCCUAACUUACCUUACCUUUUAGAUGGAGAUGUAAAAAUCACUGAAAGUGAAACUAUCUUUGAUUACUUGAUCCACAGACUCAACAAAACAGAACUUUUAGGCAAGGAUAAUGAUAAGUACACUGUAGAUACUCUCAGAAACCUCUUUUCUGAUAUUGGCACCAGAUUGUACAUGCUUACUUAAAAGGAAGGUGAUGACAAAACUAAAUUCUUAAACGAAUAAGUUCUUCCUAAGAUUAAAGAUAUCCACAAAUUCUUAGGACAUAAGGAAUAUCUUUUAGGAUAUUUCACUGCUGCUGACCUUUACUUCUUAAGUUUCGCUAGAGGUUUUAAGGCUAAUCUCCCUGAAGCUUACAAAGAAUUUGCUGCAACCUUCGAUCCUUUGGUAACUAGACUUGAAGCCAUUCCUUAAAUUGCUGCUUAUAUUUCAGAAAAGCGUCAUCCUUGA